AUGACGGGCCUACGCUCUACCACACGCAAGGUCCGCAUCGUCUGUAUCUCUGAUACUCACAAUGCCGCUCCUGGCGGGCCUUUUAAGCUUCCCAAAGGCGAUGUCCUCAUCCAUGCAGGAGACAUGACGAACCAAGGCUCAUUUGCCGAAUUGGAGCGUACUGUUAGAUGGAUCGAGGAGGCAGAUUUCCAAGCUAAGAUUGUUGUCGCUGGUAACCACGACAUAACUCUCGAUACCAACUUCUACGCCCGGCACGGCGAAUCCUUCCAUAAUCAGCGCCCCCAAGACCCAGUGGAAUGCCAGGGGUUACUCGAGAAUUCGCCCUCUAUUCUCUGGUUGAAGCAUGAAGCAGCUACCGUCAGCCUAGCAUUCCCCGAUGGGCUAGGUGUGAGGUUCAAAAUAUUUGGCUCGCCGUUCUCUCCUGUAGAUGGAAUGUGGGCGUUUGGGUAUGAGUCAGAUGAAGCGUCUAAAACAUGGGAUCAAAUCCCGCUCGAUUCGGAUAUCGUCAUAACUCACACACCCCCAAUGCACCAUCUUGAUGAGAAGAAGGAUAUACCAGCAGCUGGGUGCGAAGCUCUGAGAACUGCUCUAUGGAGGGUUAGGCCGCGACUAGCAGUUUGUGGCCAUGUCCAUUCCGGCAGAGGCGCUAAGCGUAUUUGUUGGGACCUUGGAGACUCGAAUAUUAAAUACAAAGAGGCUAGCGCUGAGUGUUGGACGGACCCCGGUUUCAAUAACAAGAAGAUGUCUCUGGUCGAUCUCUCUGCAAAAGGUGGAUCCCCAGUUCAGAAUGAUGGUUCUAAAGGAGACGGGAAUAGUUGCGGUAAAGGGAGCGGUUUGAGCAACUUCGGCCCUAUGGUUCCACUACCUGCAGACACCAGAGGUCAAGGGGGAGUUCCACCUUCGGCCCUUUGCGAUCUGGAAGCAUUGUCUGGCCGAAUGGGUCGACAAGAAACUUGCAUCGUCAAUGCUGCCAUCACGGCCACCCUUUGGGCCAACCGCUCAGGCGGCAAAAAAUUCAAUAAGCCGAUUGUAGUUGAUAUCGACUUGCCUACUUGGGAGGAAUAA